AUGUCGGGUCUCAAACUCCUGAGCAAGGCCGAGGAAGCCAUUGUCGAAAGACAUCUGCCCAAAGACAUCACAAAAGCUGUCGCACGACUGCUCGUCGCCAAUCCAGACCCAACAAAAUGGCAGUACACUGGGCUGCAAGGCGUAAUAGCCCUAUGCGAGGACACGGUAGGACAUUGCUUUUGGCUGAAAAUGGUCGACGUCUCGCCCGGUGGAAGUGGUAGUGUGAUCUGGGACCUUGAGAUCGAACAAAACUUUGACUAUGUCAAGGAAAGAGAAUUCUUUCAUUCCUUCGUUUUCGAUGGUGUUCUGUUUGGUCUCUUGUUCGCCGACUUGAAAGAAGCAAAGGAGUUCCUGGCCGGAAUCGAAAAGCGUGAGAAGGUCGCAAGCAAAGAGACCAAAAGAAAUCCAUAUAAGUCCUACGAGAAUGGUGCCCUCCUCGUGGAUCCUCAUUCUACCAACGAGAAGAAAACAAAAUCUAGGUUUGGAAGUUUGCUGCAUCGCUCAUCUCAUAGCCCCAAUCCCACUCCCGUGCAUUCAAUAAUACCUGUCGCGCAACCACCUACGCAACUACCAGCUCAACCCCCAGCACAACCCCCAGCACAACCCCCGGCACAUUCGGUCAGCUCGGCUCCAAACGGCCUGUUAUUUGACCCCAAAGAUCCGCAAUGGAAAUGGCUGGUGGAUCAGCUCUUUGACAUGGGUAUUACGGGAGACCAAAUUGUUGAGAAUGCCGAUUUUAUCAAUGAUUAUAUCAGGGAACAGGGCUUCCUCUCAGCAGCUCCGGCACUCGCCUCAACUGAGGACCAACAUAAGCCAAGGACAGCUCCCCCACCUCCUCCGGGCCCCCCAGUUCCCAAGACCCACCCAAUCAGUCCCCAGGAUACAGGAAGCAGCUCAGGAAGUCGACGUGGUCCUCCACCGCCACCGCCAGCUCGAAAGUCUCGUUCAGAUGCUGUGGAAGAGCCUAUCUCAUCGCCUCCGCGCGAGCCAUCACCGCCAGCUCGGAGGUUUAAUGUACCGCCUCCCUUCGCGGAUGCAGGCAAGUUAGUCGUGUCCGAAGGCCCUGCCGAACGCAGACGACCACGAGCGAUUUCGAGUGCUGCAAAUGCUCCCCCACCACCACCGCUACCCCCGAAGACACCGAUGGAUGACAGCCAGCCUCGAUUUGGAGUUCCUCCCCCAUUCUCGGGUGAUCGCAAGGUCUCCGCACCGCCUGCACCUCCUAGUCGCAGUCCAGUUCCUGGUGGACCCCCACCUCCACCACCCCGUGGGAAUAUUGCGCCUCAACUUCCACCUAAGGUCCCAAACACAGCUGCUCCGGGACUUCCUCCCCCUCCGCCUGCCAGGGGACCUACAUCUCCACCCCCGCCGCCAGCCCCUCGGCCAGCCCCAGCAUCAUUCGCGCCUGCAUUGCCCCCGCCGCCGCCACCUCGGGGCCCGGCUUCACCUCCUCCGACAGAACCUACCGCCCCCACCUCCACCCAGUGGUCCAACCGGUGGGCCUCCACCCCCUCCAGCGCGCUCUACACCUUCGGUUCCCCCUCCGCCUCCUCCCCCUGGUGGCAGCUUUACCGCACCACCUCCCCCCCUCCCCCAGGACCAAGCUCUGGCGCACCUGGCGGACUCCCACCACCACCUCCUCCCCCAGGUCGCUCAGGACCUUCAGUUCCGCCACCACCUCCGCCCCCUGGUGCUUCAGGAGGACCACCGCCCCCACCCUUGCCCCAGACUGGCGGAGGCGGUCGAGACGAUCUUCUGGCAGCUAUUCGCAACUCCGGCGGAGGAGGCUUGCGGAAAGUCAGUGCCUCGGAGAAGAAAGACCGAAGUGCAGCCAUGGUUCCUGGAAGCGCUGCCGAAUCAUCUGCAGCAGCUUCUAGCUCAGGUCCUCCACAAGGUGGCUUGGCUGGUGCCUUACAGGAUGCAUUGAAGAAAAGGAAGCAGAAAGUCAGCGGAAGUGAUGACGAGAAGGAAGAUGACGACGAUUGGUAG